GUGAUUCUUGACGAGAUGACCAAGAAGAUUCUGUUUGACCGCAUUCGGCACAUUCUAGACGAACUGUUUGUCGACGUGUCGGACGACAAGUUUGAGUUUUCGGCGCUGGGCGAUCUGUUCCAAGACAGCCACUUCCGCCUCCAGGAUUCAUUCGUCAAGUCCGAUGUGUUCAACGCCCUCCCGCUGCCGUUCACUCUCAAAGUCGCGUACAUUGGCCACAUCCGCAUCGAGGGCUUCUGGGGGGUCAUGACGUCGGGGUCGGCCCUGCGCUGCACGAUCAGCGACUCGCUGUUUGUGUUUGGAGCCAACCAGCACAUCGACUGGACGGACGAACUCCAGCUGCGGUACGCGCACGAGUUGGCUGUGGCGUUGCUGCAUCGGCUGUGGAACCGAUACCACAUUGAGGGCAAAGGGCCACAAAAGAACGAGUCGACCAAAACCUGGAUCAAGAAACGAGUGACUGCGGCGCUGCACAACAUGACGAUACAAGUGGAAAACACCCAAUGCCGCGUCGAGAUAGAUGCAGAUGGCAGUGGUGGCAGCGAUGCCGCGACCACGGAUGUAGUGGGUUUCAUCAUGCCAAAACUAUCCGUGUUCUCGACAGACGUAGCAUCCGCCAUCCUCUGUCGCCGCGCCUUGCCGCCUCAAGUCCCCGUGCUCACCGAAGGCAUGUCGAAAGUGGUGGCAAUCGAUGGGUUGCAAGUGUACACCUCUCGGAUUCCAACGACGCAACGAAGUCCGGACCAGUGGAAAGCGCUGUUUCAUCGCCAGUGGCCCGCCGAAGUCCAUGUGGCCGUACUUGUACCUACAGACAUCAAAGUCAAAGUCGACUUGGAAGAGUGCCACGUCACAAGAAAACUCAAAACGCGCGCCGUCGACCUUCACGUCAACCAACUCAACGUGGGACUAGACCCCCAGCAGAUCGACGUACUCGGACGGCUUUUGCAGCACUUGGACACGCAUGAACGGUAUACACGGUACCGGAAGCUGCGUCCGACGCAGGUUGUCCGGGCGGACGUCGAUCCGGCGCCCCUCGUGAUUGUCUCGUUCAACGUCCUCCCCCAUAUCCAACCGGUCGAGCCAACGUCGGCAUCGACAUCCCCCAUUCGGGCACCGUUCCCCGCUCGCGCCAUGUGGAAGUACGCGGUGCGGUGCGUCCUCCAAGAUGUAUUUCCGAAGCGUCGCGAUGGCCAAGACAAUGUGCUAUGGCUCAGUAAACUCAUCUUGAAGUACACGGACCUGUACAAGCGCAAAAUGGGCUCGACCUACGUCGAAUACGUCGUGCGAGACCUGCUCGUGCAGCACAAACAAGGCAACCCGUCGCUCCCCCCUGUCCUCCCCACGUAUGAACCUCUGAGUCGUGCGGAGCUGUGGCACCUGUCAGAUUUGAUGUACCAACUGACGCCGGACAGGCAGUUGUACUGCCGAGCCCUAGUGGACCGCAUCAUUCGCCAAGAGUUUGUCAAGCGCAAUGCCAAGCAAGCAUUGUCCGACCUUUCUCGCGGCAGCAGCUCGUCGGUCGUGCGACGCGGAAGUCUGGAGCGCCUCGGUCGUGUGCACUCGUUUCUAAAGGAUGAGAGCGCGUGGAACCUCGUCGAUGUGGAGGCCGUGCUCUUUGACAAGUCCACGAAACACCUCAUGCCCCUGGCACCGUCGGCUGCUGCGGUGGCGGCGUCUGCUCAGUCAUCGCACAAGACUGAUGUCAUGACGGACGUAGUACAAAAGUACCAGUCGAAACCCAUGGUGCACGUAGACAUUGGGCACAUUCGGUUUGCAUUUCGACAUGUGGAUGCAGCCCAUGCCCCGAGGAAGAAGGAAUGGGAGUUCAACUGCGAGUUUCUUCGCGGCUGCGCGGCGGUGGCGGCGUCCCCCCUGCUGUUUGUGCUCUUGGAGGUCCGCCUUGGAAGUGUCACAGCGUCGAUUGUUGGGGCCCCCGAUUCGUAUGUACUAAAAUUGCAAUUACUAUUACUAUUAAAGCACGACUGCCUCGUGGUGGUCGACUGCAUCUCAGACCCCAAUGACGGCUGUUUGUACGCAGGGCUUCGCUACGAUCCAUCAAAUAUUGCAUCGGAAUAUGCCUGGAAAGGCAAACUCAUGACUGGCGCCAUCAAAGCCAGCCUGAGUCCAUGUGCAGUCAUUAAAUUCCAGCGAACGCUGUCGUCCAAGCUCCAUGACUCGAGUUUAUCGCUUGAGGAGAUCGCCACUGGUCGGCACAAGACUUUCUUUUGUAAACCCUUGCACUCCGUCGUGAAGCCCCCCACCACCAAGAAAGACCGCGCCAAGGCCUUUCUCGAACACGCGCUGCAGCUGCCCACCAUGCUGGAAGUGCAGACCCAGGCCGUGGCGGUCGAGGUGCGCGCGCCGACGCACCAUGUGGUCGCAAACGUACUGGCGACCCCCGCGUGGAUCCCGCUUGUCAGGGACAUUGCUCUGGAUGCCGUGGAAAUCGCCGACCUGCACGUGCCCGCGAACCGAUGGGCCAUCGCCCACGACGUCGCCGCCAACACACUCCAAGUGGAUGGGCUGCAGCACCAAGUCAAGUUUCGCAACACCCGCGCCGGCCACGCCGCCGCCAUCCAGCGGCUCCUGCACCAACUGUUUCCUGAUCUAGUGUAGAGAUUACCGCGAUGAACAUGGCAAUCCAUGGCCAGAACACAACGAAAUACCCACGCCAAACGACGCUCAUAUAUAUCUGACGCUUCUCCGUACAAGUGUAUGACUCUCUAAGGAUGCAGCUGAAGUAAUUAUAUUCUCAACACGUUGUCGCGAAUCCAGGGCGGUGAUGGUGAUGCUGCCGUCGCUAUGAU